CAUAUCAUAAAAUGAAUUAAAUAACAAGAAAAUCUCGACUUCCCCUAUUCCCCAAAAAAAACGUAAUAAUAAUUAUUGUAAUUUAUAAAAAUAAUGGCAUGCAUGAGCUGUAGCAGUAUUCUAUCUUUUAAUAAUUGUUCUCCAUUGCUAUCGUCAAGAACCAGAAGAGUAAGACUUAUGGCUGCUCCAACAAUAAAGGCAGAGGCCAUGACUAUCGAGAAAUCUGGAAUCAAGAUUGUUAGGAACCCUCCUGAAUCCAAACUCACCGACCUUGGAGUCCGUUCUUGGCCUAAGUGGGGUUGCCCUCCAAGCAAAUUCCCAUGGACAUACUCUGCCAAAGAGACAUGCUAUCUACUAGAGGGGAAAGUCAAGGUUUAUCCUGAUGGAAUAGAGGAGCCUAUUGAAAUUGGUGCUGGUGACUUGGUUGUGUUCCCCAAAGGAAUGAGCUGCACUUGGGAUGUUUCAGUAGGUGUAGAUAAGCACUACAACUUUGAAUAAUGCUUUUACAAAUUCCAUGUAACCUAGUUCAGCUCUAUCAGAUGAUUAAAUAUAUGGGGACUACUGAUAAUGAAACUAUUUGCUACUUUGUAUGAA